CAAAUAAAAACAUUUUUGUCAUUGUGAAUAUUUUUAAUUUGAGAAAUCUGAUGAAAAUAUAUACAGGAAAAAUAAUGGACGAGGACAUUUUAACCACACUGAAAAUACUCAUUAUAGGUGAAAGUGGUGUUGGUAAAUCAAGUAUUUUACUUAGAUUCAUUGAUGAUAACUUUGACCCUGACCAAACUUUAACCAUUGGCGUCGAUUUUAAAACAAAAAAGUUGACUGUUGAUGGUAACACUGUUAAAUUGGCAAUUUGGGAUACUGCUGGUCAAGAACGUUUCAGGACUUUGACACCAUCCUAUUACAGGGAUGCUCAGGGUGCAAUUUUAGUAUUUGAUGUGUCUAAUUAUUCCACAUUCUCUAGACUUGAAACUUGGUUGAAUGAAUUAGAUACUUACUCUACUAAAAGUAACAUUGUGAAAAUGAUUGUGGGGAAUAAAAUUGAUAAGGAAAAACGAAAAGUUUCUAGGGAGGAAGCAAUGAAUUUUGCCCGGCGUCAUCAAACACUAUACAUUGAAGCUAGUGCUAAAACUAGGGAUGGGGUCAAUACUGCUUUUGAGGAAUUAGUUUAUAAGAUCAUACAAACGCCAGGUCUAUGGGAGUCUUUUAAAUCUAAACUACAACUGGAUAGUAAAGAUCAUCCCUCAAAUUCUAGUAACUGUUCAUACUGCAGUGUAAUUUAACGAAAGGAAUUUAAAUUUUGUGAUAUUGUGUUAUAGGGCUUUUCUAAAAAGUUUUUAUAUUAUACAAAAAAAUAUUGUUCAUGAUUGAAAUAUGAAUCAAUUAUGAACAAUAUAUGUAACAAUUUGACAUAUUUUGCAUUGGUGCAUUUCCUGGAAUAAUCAAUUUCACCAAGUUGAGUUAUUCUACAAACAAUAAAGAAAGUAUAACAUUAAUUUGUAAGGAAUACAAAAUCUACAUAGGUAUGCAAUAGGCUUGUUUGGCUUUCUUAUUGGAAAAGUGGUGUAACAAAGCAUUUAUAUAUCUGUAAUAUAUGUUUAGUUAUAAAUAAAUCAUGAUUUUUCUUGAAUAAAGUAACUUUUAUUAAAUUA